CAGACCCCUCGGGCAGUCAAAUUUUGCGCGGGCUGGGGACUGCGGUAGUCAUGGCCGCCUUCCGCGAUAUGGAGGAGGUGAGCCAGGGGCUGCUCAGCCUGCUGGGCACCAACCGCGCCGAGGCUCAGCAGCGACGGCUGUUGGGGCACCACGAGCAGGUGGUGGAGCGGCUGUUGGAGACGCAAGACGGUGCCGAGACGCAGCUGCAUGAGAUCCUCACCAUGGAGAAGGAAGUGGCCGAGAGCCUUCUCAACGCAAAGGAGCAGGUGCACCAGGGUGGUGUGGAUCUGCAGCAGCUGGAAGUCGGGCUUCAGGAGGCCAGGGAGGAGGACGACCAGCUGAAGGCCAGCCUCCUGCAGCUCACCAGAGAGCUGGAGGAGCUCAAGGAGAUCGAGGCGGAUCUGGAACGACAGAAGAAGGAGGUCGACGAGGAUACGACAGUCACAAUCCCCUCAGCCGUGUACGUGGCUCAACUUUACCACCAAAUUAGUAAAAUCGAGUGGGAUUACGAAUGUGAGCCAGGGAUGAUCAAAGGCAUCCAUCAUGGCCCGAGUGUGGCCCAGCCCAUCCACCUGGACAGCACCCAGCUCUCCAAGAAAUUCAUCAGUGACUACCUCUGGAGCCUGGUGGACACCAAGUGGUAGCCAGGAGCGUCUUGGCUGCGUCUUGCACCCAGCAAGCAUCUGCCACCAUCAGAUCCAUUUCAACUCCCACAGGUGUUAGAGACAGAGGAAGCAGGGUACCCGAGAGGAGCUGGGAGUUAAGCAAGGGACAGGGCUGUGACUGGCGGGACGUAAUUGAAGGGACAGGAGCUCAGCCAUGGCCAUUUUUCCCUGUGACCUGUUGGCAUGGUGGAUACCACCAGUCUGCACUCAGGCUUUCCUUUGGGGACUCGGGCCCGUGGCUUACAUAGGAACCCAUCUCUGGCUCCAGGGUGGACCCUGUGUCAGAGACCACGAGAUGAGUCUUUUGUCACUCGUUCUCCCCUCCCUCCUUCAUAAAGGGAGUCCUUUUAGCUGCUCAGUUAAAACAGCACAUCCCAGCACCCUUUAGUUAAUGUCCAGCCAGUGAAAUGUACAUGGAACUGUUAAAUGGCACUUCUAGAAGGAUUUUUUUUUUUUUUUUGAUUUGAUGAGAGGGGGUUUCACCAUUGUGGCCCAGCUGGUCUCGAACCCCUGACCUCAGGUAAUCCACCCGUCUCAGCCUCCCAAAGUGCUGGGAUUACAGGCGUGAGUCACCAUGCCUGGCCUAGAAGGAUUCUUAAAAGACAAGUACACCCUUGCUUCCCCCUUCCUAUUUCCUGGAAUUUGACCAUGAUGGCUAGAGCCCUGGCAGCCAUACUGCCACAUGUGCAGAGGAGUGCAGUCCUUUAGGGAUGACGGGAGUCUGUUUCCCUGGUGACAGCAGAGCCAGAUAAUCAGCACAGACUUAUUUAAAUGGGAGAGGCCAGGUGCAGUGUCUCACGCCUGAAUCCCAGCACUUUUGGAGGCUGAGGUGGGCACAUCAUGAAGGCAGGAGAUU